AUGGAGGCCGUAAAGGGCCCUGGGCGUAUGACUAGCUUAUCAGAAAACAACCACCAGCCAUGGCUCUGGUUUGCUCAUAUGUUUGCUCUAAUAUUUGUCUUCCUGGCAGCCGUCAUACGAGCUCGAAUCAAGCGAAGACACUAUGGGCUUGAAGAUACGGUGCUCCUUAUCAGCCAUAUCUUAUACCUUGCAUAUUGGAUUGUCCUUCUUGUUGCGAUCCUGAGCUCCCUCGGGAAAUCUGGAGAGAUUUCAAGCCGAGUCAAUAUUGCGAAAGUGUCAAGAUUGAUAUUCGCAAGUCGAAUAGUGUUGACACUAGUCCUUUGCACUGUGAAACUUUCAAGCGUGCUUCUCAUUUACAACAUCUUCAUAAAGUCCGUGGACCCUUCAUGCGUGUCGUUGUACGUCAUUAUUGGGUUUAUCGCAGCUCAGGGGGUCGUUGGGCCGAUAACCAUCUCAGCCGGUUGCUCUCUGGAUUGGAUACCACUCGCCGGAGAUAAAUCGGCCUGCUCAAAUAUCGUGCCGCGCUGGAUUAUUUUCACGACCUUUGAAACUAUGUUGGAGUGUGCACCUGUUUUCCGAGUAGUAUCUCAGGUUUUAAACUUGCAGGUUGUUACAAAGACAAAGGUUUUUGUAAUAGCGGCGUUUCUAACCCGGCUGAUAGUAUUGGUUCCAGCUUGGAUCCAUUUAGUAUGUUACCGACGUUUUUUACAACACGGAAGUGACAAUAUUGGUAUUGUGUCGACUAUCAUUUCCGAAGAGCUAUGGGCAAGUGUGGCACUUGUAUCAACCUCCAUCCCGGUUUUGAUGCGAGUAGCGAAGAAAUUCUCCGUGUCAAGGGAGAUAGGCGAGACGACAGCUCGGGGAUCUCGCUCUAACAAAUCACGAGCAACAAAAAAGACCCCCAACCCUAGCUUCGAGAUGGCUUCAGCAAACGGGCAUGGCAACUGGCAACCGCACAAGAACCAGGAGGCGUCGUAUCUGCACCGGGAUAAUUAUAGUGUGGCAGUUCUUCCAAGGAAAUUGGCCCCAGAGUCUAUCACCAGUACGAGCGAAUCGCAAGUCGGUAUACUGCGAGAAAUCCAGGUCGAGAUUUCAUCGCUCCAUAUAGCUAAGUCUGGACCUAGAAGUCCCACUGUACUUUGA